GUGGCGUGGUAGCCCCUAAACUAGGACUUUUCCUCCCCACAGGAGUAGAGAUGAUGAAAAAAACCAAAACAGUGUUUUUUUGCUUUUACCUAUGAAAAAAUCAAAACUGUUUUGUUUUGUUUCUUCCUUUCUCCAGUUUGUUGCUCUGGUUGUCAGAUGUCGGAAGGCAACAGGACAGAACAUACUCUCCGUGUUUUUUUGUGUUUUUUUUUUGAUAUCCGUCCUGGGGUUCUGUGAUGAAAAGUGAACUUUGGUUCCUGUGACUCGUGCCUGUGUCGAUAAGAGCUGAGCUUUGCAUUGAGGGAUAAAUAAAAGCACCGCCUCCCACCUGGACAUAAAUGGAUCUGAAGACAGCCGUGUUUAACGCAGCUCGCGAUGGCAAACUCCGGCUUCUCACCAAGUUGUUGGCCAGCAAAUCCAAAGAGGAGAUUUCCUCCCUGAUCUCUGAGAAAACGAACGGGGCCACGCCACUCCUGAUGGCGGCCAGGUAUGGGCACCUGGACAUGGUGGAGUUCCUCCUGGAGCAGUGCAGCGCCUCCAUAGAAAUCGGGGGCUCGGUCAAUUUUGACGGCGAAACCAUCGAGGGGGCUCCCCCUUUGUGGGCCGCUUCUGCCGCAGGACAUCUGAAGGUGGUCCAGUCUCUGUUAAAUCAUGGAGCAUCUGUGAACAACACGACUUUGACCAAUUCAACCCCUCUAAGAGCUGCCUGCUUCGAUGGCCACUUGGAAAUAGUGAAGUACCUUGUAGAACACAAAGCUGAUUUGGAAGUGUCAAACCGGCAUGGGCAUACCUGCUUGAUGAUUUCAUGUUACAAAGGACACAAAGAGAUUGCGCAGUAUUUACUUGAAAAGGGAGCAGAUGUUAAUAGAAAGAGUGUUAAAGGUAAUACUGCAUUGCAUGAUUGUGCAGAAUCUGGAAGUUUGGACAUCAUGAAGAUGCUUCUAAUGUAUUGUGCCAAGAUGGAAAAGGAUGGUUAUGGAAUGACUCCCCUUCUCUCAGCAAGUGUGACUGGUCACACAAAUAUUGUGGAUUUUCUGACGCACCAUGCACAGACUAGCAAAACAGAGCGGAUCAAUGCUUUAGAGCUUCUGGGAGCUACAUUUGUAGACAAAAAAAGAGAUCUACUUGGGGCUUUAAAAUACUGGAAAAAGGCAAUGAACAUGAGGUACAGUGAUAGGACUAAUAUAAUUAGCAAACCAGUACCUCAGACACUAAUAAUGGCUUAUGAUUAUGCCAAGGAGGUAAACAGUUCAGAAGAGCUAGAAGGUCUUAUUGCUGAUCCUGAUGAGAUGAGAAUGCAGGCACUAUUAAUUAGAGAACGUAUUCUUGGUCCUUCUCAUCCUGAUACCUCUUACUAUAUUAGGUAUAGAGGCGCUGUCUAUGCAGACUCUGGAAAUUUCAAACGAUGCAUCAACCUAUGGAAGUAUGCUUUGGAUAUGCAACAGAACAAUUUGGACCCGUUAAGCCCAAUGACCGCCAGCAGCUUAUUAUCUUUUGCAGAACUGUUUUCUUUUAUGUUACAGGAUAGGGCUAAAGGCCUGCUGGGUACCACUGUUACAUUUGAUGAUCUUAUGGGCAUAUUGUGCAAAAGUGUCCUUGAAAUAGAGCGAGCUAUCAAACAGACUCAGUGUCCAGCUGACCCCUUACAGUUAAAUAAGGCUCUUUCCAUCAUUUUGCACUUAAUUUGCUUGUUAGAAAAAGUUCCUUGUACUCUAGAACAGGACUACUUCAAAAAGCAGACUAUAUACAGAUUUCUUAAGCUGCAUCCAAGGGGAAAGAAUAACUUCAGCCCUCUUCAUCUGGCUGUGGACAAGAAUACUACAUGUGUAGGGCGGUAUCCUGUUUGCAAAUUUCCAUCUCUGCAAGUUACUGCCAUACUGAUAGAAUGUGGUGCUGAUGUGAACGUCAGAGACUCCGAUGACAACAGUCCCCUGCAUAUUGCUGCUCUGAACAACCAUCCAGACAUCAUGAAUCUCCUUAUCAAAUCAGGUGCACAUUUUGAUGCCACAAACUUGCACAAACAAACUGCUAGUGACUUGUUGGACGAGAAAGAAAUAGCUAAAAAUUUGAUCCAGCCCAUAAAUCAUACCACAUUGCAGUGUCUUGCUGCUCGUGUCAUAGUGAAUCAUAGAAUAUAUUAUAAGGGGCAUAUCCCAGAAAAGCUAGAGACCUUUGUUUCACUUCACAGAUGAUAAUUUGACUGUAUUUUAGCACUGUUAAAGCACGAAUUAUUAACAGUUGUUUCAUAAAUGAGCACUGUUGUGAUAACACCAGCAUUCAUUUAGCUUGAUAUCAUCGUGCUCCCAUUGGCUAAAACAUUAUAAGCAUCAAAUUUACAGGAUUGGUUUCCCAGUAUUUACUAUAAAUAUACCAUAUAAUAUAUUGUUUGUGAAUUAUUGAAAAAUGUAAUGUCAUAAUUCAAAUUUCUAAAAUUGUCUGCCAAAGGCUUAUUCAUUCUAGUUUUGUUUGCUGUUGGGUGUUUGGGACAGAGUUAACCAUUCUUCAGUGGUAUCUUUAUACCCUUCUGGUUUGUGAAUUUUAUACAAUUGAAGGUCUUUCUUUUCUGCUUUUUUCCAAGCUUCUCCCAUUUUCACUUUAUAUUUUUUCUAACCAUUUCUACUUAUCAUUUCCCCAUCCCCUUAUGGACCCAUAAACUUUAUGUACAAACUUUAUGGACUCGUUACCAUAUGCAGUUACCAUAAGUGCUUUAUCUUCUCUACGCACCGGCUUAAACUUGACUGUUGUAUAUUAGCAUAUUUUCUAUGCAGCAGUUGAUCAACUUCAACUCAAAACACUGUUGAGUUUCUUACAAAGUUCAUUUUAUGAAAGUACUCUUGUAGCAUGGCAAUUUUUAGAGCUAUUGGUUAGCUACCUGAGCUCAAGCUUUUUUUUCUUCCACAUCUGAGAUUUCUUUCUCUAAUCCACUGAAGUUAUUAUGUGCUAAAUUUGGGAAACAAAUCUAAUUCAUUAACCCAGUUGAAAUUUAGGUCUGUCAUCUUAAUAUAUCAUGCAGUAAAAGGAGGAAUCUUUUUAAAGUGACCCACCUUUCAUGCUGUGCCAGCAUUGUCCUGCUUGUGCUGAUGAAGUGAUUAGGUAUAGAGAAGCUUAAAUUUAAACUAAAAUUUAUCACACAGCUUAAUGAGUCACAUUGAAAUAUUCAGUAAUUGAACUGCAAAUCAUUUUUAGUUACAAAAAGAGCUAAAGCAUGUCAAUGGCAUGAUGCUUGCCAAGCCAAAUCUAGACAUCUAGGAUAAUUAAGAUAUUUUAGUAUGCAAUUGACUGCCAUUGUAUCAAAGGUCAGUAACAGUGUUCUUUCUUUCUUCAAGCUUAAGUAUACCUUUAAAGAUAACUUGCAUGAAUUAUUUUGGUCUCAAUUAUUUGUCACCAUAGUUAAACACACAAGGUUGCAGUGCUUUUCCCUUACUGAAAGUUAGCUUUUCUUUACUUUUUUUCCCCCCUCAGUGUUUUUUAAACAGCUUUAUUAAUGCCACAGAAAGGGCUCUUUUAACUUAAGAUAAAUGAAACGUACUAAAAAAGAUUCAGGUAAUUAUUAGUCAGCACUUUAUUGUUUUUCACAAUAAAAUUUAUGAUGGCAUAUUUGCCCUGCAAAUGUCUUACUUAAUGAAAUUGUUAUAAAUAAAAACUCCUUAUUGGUUUGAGAAAAACUCGGUUUACCUGUGAGUUUAGUGAGCUGGAUCACUGGGAUUUUUCUGUCAUUUUAUUCUGAGGGUUGAUGUACUAGUAUUUAAGGAGUCAUCAUUGCAAACAGUCACAUUAGGUUUAUUUCAUCUUUACUCAGUAAAAUACUUGUAAUGAAGAAUAGUAAAUAAAUAAAACAGCAUUAGACUUUGUGGUUAAAUAAUUGAAGUUUAAUUUUUAAAAAGAUAUCCUUAUUUUACUAGGUUGUAAAUUUAAUUUCACCAUUAAAAGAGGUGAAUUGGAUUUAAAUGGUUCCUCUCUAAUCUUUUGAUGAAGAGAUUUUAAUAUCUUACCAUGGGCAAAUUUGAUGAAAUAUUUUAACUGCCACAUAUAUUAAGAAUAAUUUGUGAUUUAGACAAGUAUUCUAGAAAUAUCAGACAUCAAUAUUUUGAAACCAUUGACUCUAACCUUGUGAUACAAGAAUUAUAUAUGCCUGAGCUAAUUUUUUUUUUUUAAAGAAACUGUUGCCAGUAGAAUAAAUCUACACUAGUUGAUCGCAAUAAUUUUUGGGUAAAAGAUGAGCAAUUGGAUUUUUAAGUGAUUUAAUAUUUCCUCCUUUUUUGGGAGUGGGUUGAAGGGCCUACAUGCUCUUAUAGUAAGGCACAUCUCACACUGUUGUACAGGUGAACUUGAAUUGUACAACCCUAGUAUAAAUUAAGGAUUUCUUUACUUAGCAUUUUUCCACCACUAAAUUUAGAUAACUUAGAACUGUUCAUCAAUCUUGAUAACUUGAAAUGCCUUAUUUCACUUAAGAUGCAAUUCUACUCUGUUUGCCAUUUCCCCAAAUGCCAUUAGGAGUGCUUGAAAAAUCAGUUAGUUUAAUAGCUAAAAAUUGUCCAUGAUUUUUAGAGGAGGUUGGUAAUGUGACCUGAGACACUGUUUAGGCCUUUGUCAGAAAGUAUUCUCAAAAUUGUUGUGAGACUGAAUAAGAUAAAAAUUUUGUGGGUUUUUUUAAAAACCACAAAUGAGUAAUUUAAUACUUAUUGAGCUAAUUGUCAUUUGAGUCCAUCUAAACUACAUUGUAGCAUGGUGAUGUUGGCUGGAGUUAAUAAUAUGUAAGUUUUUAUUACAUUUCUAUAAAAAUGCCCUGUUAAGGCCUGCUGAAUUUUAGAUGUUCCACUAGUGAUCAUUUCUGUAAAAGAAAUGGUCACUCUACUCAGAUUUGAUACUAGUCCACUUUAUAAAGACAAGUGGAUUAUAGAUUUAAAAGAUCGUCAUUUUCUUAUCCAUAAAUAUGACAGGCACAUAAACCCAAAUCAGCAACAGAUAAUUUGGUGCCCAGUAUGAUUUUGAAGUUAAGUAAUUGCUCACUUGUAAAGUGACUACCUAAUGUAUAAUAUUUUAGAGACCCCCAUCUACUGUGACUUGGGAAAAUUGUUAGGCUAUAUUUGAAAAAUUAGUUCUUUAAAAUCAUAUUGCCCAGCAGAAACCUAGGUUGAAUUUUACAGGUAUAAUAAUCCUUGUAAAUUAAUUUCUCAGAAUUGUGGGGGCUGAAUGAGAGAAUAAUCAUUCUUGUGCACUCUAACAGCAUUAUUGCUUGGAACUUUAACCAUUUUAGAGUUAGAUACUAAGGAAACUAAAAUUAAUUGGUCAUCAUCUCCCCCCCUUCCCGUUAUAUGUCAUUAAACAACUAGUUUCUCUCCCUUUUGUCCAUUCCCAUUGUGUAUUUUUCAGAAGAAGUACUGUAUUCAGGUGCCAGCCAAUAAAUUGUCACACAAUGGAAAAUGAUAUGCCACAACAUUCAUUGUAAGGUCUAAUAAAAUUAAAUUUGCACCAAA